CGAUUGUCCAAGCCUAGCACAACGUAUGACCGAAUACAGCCUCGUAUGGUCUCAACCAUUUCUCCAAUCACGACCUCCCUAGACAUGCCACAAGUCAAUAUCACUCGAAGAGAAUAACCCCUCUCGAGAGGGAGAGAAAGUAGGGGCGUGAAAGGGACACUUGUAAACUAGCCAAUAUAUAUAGUUUGAUCGAGCGAGCGAGAGAGAGAGAGAGAGAGAGAGAGAGAGAGAGAGAGAGAAUGUGUGUGUGUGAGCCAACCCAAAAAUGCAAGGAAGCUCUGUAUUCUCUCAUAAAUGGGCUGAUUGUUUCGGGUUGUCUCUUCUUCAUUCACAUCCUCACGUCAGUUGUCCCCUGCUAUUCUCAUCAACCUCAUCAUCCUCGUUAAAUUCAACAAAAUGGAGUGUUUCAAAGCCACCCAACUUCAAGAUUUCUUUUUCUAAUAAUACAGGGUUUAUUGCCCAUAAUCUUCUUUCCAUUCACCCAAGAAGUUCUGUUUCUUUCAAGGUACAUGCAUCUGCAGCUGAUGCUGAUCAGCCAAAAUGGUGGGAGAAGAAUGUAAGCCCAAAUAUGAUUGAUAUUCAUUCCACACAAGAAUUUCUAUCUGCGUUAAGUCAAGCAAAAGACAGACUUGUCAUUGUUGAAUUUUAUGGUACAUCGUGUGCCUCUUGUCGAGCAUUAUUUCCCAAGCUGUGCAAAAUUGCUGAAGAGCACCCACAAAUUUUAUUUCUUAAGGUGAACUAUGAUGAGAACAAGAAUCUGUGCAAAAGCUUGAAUGUAAAGGUGCUUCCAUAUUUCCAAUUCUAUCGGGGAGCAGAUGGGCUAAUAGAAUCCUUUCCCUGCUCACUUGCAAAGUUACAAAAACUAAAGGAUGUACUAAAGGAUGCAAUCGCAACUAGUAACAGCACUUGUCAUGAUGGUUGUUCACUCACCAUGGGUGAUGGAGGUCUCAACCUUCCUGGAAUAUAUCCAGCGUCGGAUGGCAAUUCUGCUGAAUCUACUUCAUGAUGACCUCACCUUGUUCAUCCAUCUGC